AUGAUGAGCCACGGAAUAAAAUUGUAAUGGUUAUGCCUUCACAUUAUGGCAUUAGUUUUCAUUCAUAGAGCUGCUGAGAUUCCUUUUUAAGACAAUCAUAUAUUAACUAGACAAGAAUUAGUGAUUAAUAAUGAAAAAUCAUUUUGAAAAAAAUUACAGAUCAUAACAAACAAAGGGGAGGUUUUACCAUCUUGAACUUUAAUUAGGUUGUUGAUUCUGUUUGUUCCACUCAGAUCUACCUUUUCUUUUGCUGUCCCUGACUAUGUAGAUUGAAAGGCAGGUUAAUGAAUCGAACGGGGUGGAUGCAUCUGGGUUUGAAUUAGAUUGGGUAAACGGGAGAAUCACGGUCGAAGGAACUUAGGUUUUUGGAUUUGUGAUUGGGAUAAUUAGGGUUUUGAUAGGGGGAGAUUUUUGACAGAUGAUGGAAGGUAGGGGUUGAAGUUGGUGAACGAAGGGAGAGGGACUUAAAGAGGGGGAAAAAUAUAUAGACAUUAGGAGGGUGGAUUGAUGGUACUUGAAGGGGAAAAUGCAAGGGUAUGCAUGGGCAGGGAGGAGGUGAGGUGAGGAAAAAGGCACAGCACAUGCGCGCAGCCCCUACACGUGCAACGGUGGUUCUGAGUGGUGAUGGUGGUGCUUUUGCCUCUGUUCUUCCUUUAAUGUUAAUUCCUUUUCAAAGUGAUUAGGUGAGAGGGGCUUUAUCUGAUUGAUUUUGGGAAAUAAAAAGUAUUGCAGUCGCAGCUGAAGAGCAUAAAAAUGAGACAGAGAAAGAAUGGUUCUUCAAUUAAGCAUCCAAAUCUGUCUGAUGCUGAAGCAAAACCACAAAAGAAAUCUCCAUAUUCUUCAAAGGAUGUAUUCUUGACUUGUUUGGGAUUUCGAAUGCUGAAUGCGUUGUUGAUUCAAACUUACUUCAAUCCAGAUGAACACUGGCAAGCACUUGAAGUUGCGCAUCGUAUUGCCUUCGGGUAUGGUCAUUUGACAUGGGAGUGGGAGGAGGGAAUUCGAAGCUACUUGCAUCCAAUGAUGUUUGCUCUCUUUUACAAACUUCUCGCAUUAUUGCGUCUUGAUACACCAUGUGUCAUGAUUAAGGCCCCACGACUGCUGCAAUCAAUAUUUUCUGCGGUUGGUGAUUUGUACUUGUAUAAACUUUCAUUUGCCCUGUUUGGUGAUGGUGUUGCAAAAUGGGCACUAUUUUCUCAAUUGGCAAACUGGUUCAUGUUUUUCUGUUUCAAUCGCACGUUUUCAAAUAGUUUGGAGACCACUCUCACUCUUGUAGGCCUUUACUACUGGCCCUCAGUGAGAAGUUCUUUGAACAAAGCUCCUUCAGGUUCGAGAAAAUGGGGUUUGGCCCUAGCGGCAUUAGCUUGUGCCAUUAGACCAACAAGUGCUGUUACUUGGGUGUAUGUUGGCCUACUUGAGUUGUACUCGACUCAUGACCGCCUGAGAUUUAUAUUUGUGGAGUUGAUUCCCAUUGGGAGUGUGGUGCUUGGAAUUACGUGUUUGUUGGAUCGUCUAAUGUAUGACUCCUGGGUUUUAGUACCACUUAAUUUUCUCAAGUUCAAUUUUCUCUCCUCUGGCGGAGAUUAUUAUGGAACUCACAAGUGGCACUGGUACUUCACUCAGGGAUUUACAGUAAUGGUAUUCACUUUUCUACCAUUUUGUGUUGCUGGCAUUAUCAAGUCUAAAUACUGGAAGCUUUCUGGGCUUAUUCUAUGGGUUUUAGGACUUUACAGCAUACUUGGUCACAAAGAAUUCAGAUUUGUCCUCCCUGUACUUCCUAUAAGUUUGAUAUUCGCUGGAUAUUCGCUAGCUGCACUUGAGGAACGUGGUUCUCGAAAUGGUGAAAAGAAAAGAUCUUCGUGCAUUUGCAACAAAUGGCCUUCCAGAAAGCAACUUGCCAUCUUCUUCUUACUUGCAUCCAAUAUUCCAAUGGCCCUGUAUAUGAAUUUGAUUCACCAGAGAGGAGCUGAGGAUGCGAUGAACUAUCUAUCUAAAGAAGCUGCAAAAGGGAAAGUGAAAAGUAUCGUUUUCCUAAUGCCUUGCCAUGCCACACCCUACUAUUCCACUCUGCAUAACAACCUGCCUAUGCGUUUCUUGGAUUGUGCACCCAGUAAGGGAAUGCCUGCUGAAUCGGACCGUUUCAUGAUGGAUCCAGUUAGUUUUGCAGUAGAUUUUGCAAAAAAUUGGUCUCGCCCUAGUCACAUUGUAUUGUUUGAUUCAGAGGAGAGGCACUUGAAAGAUUUUCUAGUUUCACAUUCUUUUAGAGAGGUUAGAAGGUUCUUCCAUGCUCACUUUAAGGUGGACCGUGAUCUUCAAGCAUCCGUUGUUGUAUACGCUAUGACCGACUCGUAAACGUUUCUAAAACCUGUUUUGCAAUCUAGCCUUGAUCUUUCUGAGCAUUUUUUGUUUCCAGAUGAUGGAAUGCAUUGAUUUUUUUUUAGAAAUUUUGUUUUUAAAAAAAAUGAAUUUGAACUUGAGAAAAACAAAACCAUAGCUGCUGGUGGUACUAUGCGCUAUAUUUAAGAUGAUCCCUGGUGAUAAAAUGAUAAAUCACGUUUUUCAUGUCAUGUAAACAUGCUUAUGUUGUUAGAAGUAUUGAGCAUUUACAUUUUGGACUGUUGAAAGAAAGGAAAAACAAUUACUUUAUGUUGAUGUAACCUUUAUUUAUUUCAAAGAUAAUCUGAUUAGGUUUGAUUCA